CGCCAAAUGAUCAAGGAUGCUCCUCGAUGGUCCUCGCCGACAAAAAAACGCACACGUCCGAGCGAUGCCAUGCAGGGCCACUCCUCACGCGCAGCCGACAGGCCCGAGUCGUCCAACGACGGGCCCGGCACUGCGGGCGCGGCAGGAGGCGACGACGCGGAGCGAUUCUCGCUGCGCGCGCGCCUCAGAGCUUCCGAGCAAAGCUCGGCUGGACGCACACGGUGCACAGGCCCCGCUCGGUGGAGGGCAGGAGGAGGAGGAGGAGGAGGAGGAGGAGGAGCCUGUGGGCGAGGCGGGGAGCUGGCAGUGGCGCUGCGAAGGACCGGCUUCAAACGCGAUCCUCUCUGGACGGUCGAGCUCCGGAGCGAUCGGCCUCGCUGCUGCAUCCAUCCAACAGGCAGGGCGGCAGACUCGGCGGGGGGGGAGCAAAAAAUUGCGCUCCACACGGGAGGCCGGACGCAGCUCGGAAAGGUGUGCCGCACCAUUGUUCGGCGACUCUGACGGGUGUGGUCUGCAGAGGGUGUGGCUGGCAACCGGCACCCAGGGGGCACCCCUCGGGUGCGGGCGAGGACCUCGACGGAGCUCCCCGCCGCGCCCCGAGGAGGGAGGCCCGACGAGGGCAGCGUCGUGCUCCCCAGGCCCCGACGGUGCCGAUCGCAAACCACACCCCGGCGUGACCGUGCCGUUUGAAGUCGCCGGAUCGUGGCCGCCCCUGGAUGAGCGAGUGGCACCGCCUCUGCACCAGUCUCCUCUCCUCCUCCGCAUUAUUCCGCCGCCGCCGCUGCCGUCGCGGAGGAGGAGGAGGAGGAGGAAAAGGAGGGAAGGGCAGGGCGAACCGAGGGACGCGCAGUGUCUAGUGCCAGCCAAGAGCUAAGGAGAGGGAGCGGCAGACGAAAGGCCUGCUGCGGUCACGCCACCUCGCCAUCGUUCGGACGUCC